AUGUCUCAAGAGCAUGAGAGUGGGUCAGAGAAGGACGUCGACGGAGAGGGUGAAGAAGAUGUCACUGAAGAGAACUUCGAUAUUGAGCAAUGCUGGGUCAUCAAGGGUCGCAAAAGAACUUGGGUACCUGAGACUGUGAUGAAGUUGAACGAGCCCUACAUCAAGCUGUCCAAGUUUGACCGUGGGUUUGUCCACUUCUGCUUAUCGAAGCCGAUGUCGAGCACCAGCAAACAUGGACAAGAACCGGCCAAUGCCAAUACCCCUUCCUUUGACAACUUAUUGCAAAUGAGGAUUGCUGCUUCUGUGAAAGCUGCCCAAGAACAAAUGGAGAUGGAAGAGUCUCAGGAAGUGGUGCUAACGCAGUUCUUGGAGCUUCAGAACUGGGACCCCAAGGAGGGAGUCAUCCUUACCAACCCUCAUGAGGCAUCAACUGAGUUGAUCAAUUUUGUAGUUGGUUUUUUUCGGCUGACUCCUGCAGACCAGAUUGAAGUGUUGGCUGCCACGUCGGCCCUUUGCGACCAUGAACAAAUUGGCAAAGGAGACGUCGUCAUCUCAACCAGGAACUUUGUGGGCGAAGUGUGGUUUCACAUGCACGUACGUUCCCAGCAAGUCACCGGCUUUUACACGGUGCUGUCAAAGUGGGAAAGUUUGGGUGGCAAUAG